CUAGGGCUGACCCCUCCGGUUUUGCGUGCACUGCCACGUUAGUAGCGGUAGACACAAAAUACCAGCUACUCUCUCCCAGCCUUAAACAAGAAGGGCAAAAAAGAACCAGAAACUGAGACGGUUUUCUUAGUUUUUUCGCUACAAGUCGCCUCUGCAACUAUUUUUUCCCCCCUGUUAAAAACCGGCUCGACGUAACUAUGCUGAAGUUUUUGAUGCUUUGCACUCUGGCCGUGGCCAGCAGGGCUGAGAUUGCGGAGGAAGAAGAUGUCUUGGUGCUGAAGAAAAGUAAUUUCGACGAAGCUCUCCAAGCUCACCCCAACAUUCUGGUCGAGUUCUACGCACCAUGGUGCGGCCACUGCAAGGCCCUGGCUCCAGAGUACGCCAAAGCCGCCGGCAUGCUGAAGGCCGAGGGUUCCCAAAUCCGCCUGGGUAAGGUAGACGCCACAGAGGAGACCGAGCUGGCUCAAGAGUUUGGCGUCCGAGGAUAUCCCACCAUCAAGUUCUUUAAAGGAGGAGAUAAAGAAUCUCCUAAGGAGUACUCGGCUGGCAGGCAGGCUGAUGACAUGGUCAACUGGUUGAAGAAGCGCACAGGGCCUGCCGUCACCUCCCUGACCGAGGUCACUGAUGCAGAGUCUCUGAUCGCUGACAACGAGGUGGCAGUCAUCGGCUUUUUCAAGGAUGCCAACUCAGACGAUGCCAAAGCCUAUGAAAAAGCAGCUGAGGCCAUGGAUGACGUUCCCUUCGCCAUUACCUCCAGCGACGCUGUUUACUCUAAAUUUGAGGUAUCCAAGGACGGCGUUGUCCUCUUCAAGAAGUUUGACGAAGGGCGAAACACCUUUGAUGGGGAGCUGACCAAAGACGGCCUCCUUGCUUUUGUCAAAGCCAACCAGCUGCCUCUGGUCAUCGAGUUCACCGAGCAGACCGCGCCUAAAAUCUUCGGCGGAGACAUCAAGUCCCACAUCCUCAUGUUUUUGCCCAAAGCUGCUUCAGACUUCCAGGAGAAGAUGGAGCAGUUUAAGAAAGCUGCAGCAGGAUUCAAGGGUCAGAUUCUCUUCAUUUUCAUCGACAGCGACGUCGACGACAACCAGCGCAUCCUGGAGUUCUUCGGCUUGAAGAAGGAAGAGUGCCCCGCCAUCCGCCUCAUCACCCUGGAGGACGAAAUGACCAAAUAUAAACCAGAGAGCAAAGACAUCACCGCAGAGAGCAUCGUGGCCUUCUGCACACAGUUUGUUGAAGGCAAACUUAAGCCUCACCUCAUGAGCCAGGACAUCCCUGAAGACUGGGACAAAAACCCCGUCAAGGUUUUGGUCGGCAAAAACUUUGAGGAGGUUGCUUUCGACCCCAAAAAGAACGUCUUCAUCGAGUUUUAUGCACCCUGGUGUGGACACUGCAAACAGCUGGCCCCCAUUUGGGACAAACUGGGAGAGAAAUACAAGGACAGUUCUGACAUCGUUGUGGCUAAGAUGGACUCCACAGCCAAUGAGAUCGAAUCUGUCAAAGUCCACAGCUUUCCCACUCUGAAGUUCUUCCCUGCAGGAGAGGAGCGACAGGUGAUUGACUACAAUGGCGAGCGAACGCUGGAGGGCUUCACAAAGUUCCUGGAGAGUGGAGGGAAAGAAGGCGGCGCUCCUGCUGGGGACGACGAUGAUGACGUGGAAUCCCAGGAUUUGGACGAUGCGGAUGACCUUUCUGACCUGGAGGAUGGAGGCGAGGAUGGACACGACGAGUUGUAAACACCAGACAGAGGAGGAGACGAAAGGAGAGAGCGAGAGGAGACGAGUCCCACCCCGACCCUUUCAACCAGUCACCGUCACCACUUCACUUCUUUGAGGACUCUCCCAGUUCUGUGAACAUUAAUUUCCCAGUUUUUUAUUUUAUUUUAUUUUUCCCUGUCAGAAAGCCGGCCCCGAUGGACGGUCUUUCUUUUCUCCAUCCACAUCUUAAACCUUGCAACUUCUGACCACAAUGGUCUCGUCUUUGCAGGUGGGGGGGGGACUCUUUGGAUCAGCGCUCCACCACUGUGGGAGACCUCGAUGCCUUGUCUAUAGAGCUCCAUAUCAGCAGUUUGCCUUGUUUAUAUCUAAACUAAAUGUUAAAAAAAAGGCAUUGAGAUCUAGUUGUUGAAAUGUUUGCUUCUCCCCCCUCUUGAAAGUGUUCAUUGUGGAGUUGAGGUGUCACCUGGAUUCGUCGACGAGGUGGGGGCUGCCGGUGUUGUCCUCCCUUUGACAGGUUUUCAGACGACCAGAGGUUGUGUAGGAUUUGUGUGAGGACCGAUCGAUCUCUCAGGGGAAAAGGGGCCAUUAAUGUCUUUAGUUUGUCCAGUGCAGCACAAAGAGCCUCCGCCCUCGUUUGUAGCCAUGACCAAUCAUUUUCAUUUCAUUUCUUUCCAAAUAUUUCUGUUCACCUGUCAUUUCAGCAUUUCUACUGAAUCCUUUUUUUUUUUUUUGUUAAGCUAACAACAGUUUGGGGAAACUAUUAUUUAAUGUCACAGUUUUUUGUUUUGGUUUUGUCGAGACUUCUUGUCAUUUGUACUGCACCAUUGUGCCCCCUUGUUUCCGGUUGGGGCAGCGUUGGCCCGAGGACGCCUCCCCUCAGACCCGGUCUGACCCUGAAGCGGUCCUGACGGCUCGCACUGCAUUAAUGCCUGAUCAGAGAUUCACCGCCGUUCCUGAAGCGGACAGAUUGGAGUUUACUGGCCAGUGGGGUCUGAGGGAGGAGCCUGUUGAUAUCUGAGGUGGGGAGUAACGGUCGCACGCCCCGCCCCCCCCCCGUCCAUACUGUUGACCUCCCACAUCCCUUUAGCGCUCGUGUGUGUGCAUGCAUGUGUGUGUUACAAAUGCUGUGAGGAAUGUGUGGUUGGAGUGAAUGCACUGUGUGAUUGGCAGGAGGAGGGGGGGGGGGGUCUGUAAGUGGAGCAGGUUAAUGGAUGUUUGUGGAGCAGUGGGGGGGGGGGGGGGGGACUAACAAAGCAUUCCAUCAUAAUACAAAUUACUGUGGAAAACGUGAAAUGGUGGCCAAUAAACAAUAAUACAUAAAGAUGUUUGCUUGUUUGGUUUUUCUUGAACUGUCAGCAGUUUCCUUCUUCAUCCACGUCUUGAAAUUGAGUCAACUUGUCUUAACUUUUUGAUUAGAAAAGAUAACGGAGAAUCUUAUUGUUGUAGGUUUAGUUUAAAUCUGCUCUUCCAGGUUUAGGUUUCUACAAAUUGGCCAAAUUAGGAACGUCCCAUUUAGAUUGAACUACUUAAUGUCUUACUGUGACGAAUACCGGUAUGUUUUUGUUUUCCAAUAGUAGUUAAUUUUGGUGUACCACAGGGCUCUGUACUUCCCUGCAUUAUUGUUGGUAAUCUUCCACUUUUACUUGACAUUUUCAGUUGGUCACCAAUGCCUCACCAGCUUGAAAACUCAUUUAAAUCUGCUUUUGACUCGAAUAGUCAAAUUACUUUUUAUGGUAGAAUUCCAACCUUGGUAUGUAUAUGUAAUAAUGUAAAAUCAUUGACAUUCCCAUGCUGCUUUAAUGGUCUGCUUUUUAAAAACUAAACCAACUGGCGCCGGUUCUCUAUUGUAACUUGGACGUUUCAAAGACUUAUACAUUUUUGGAGCAGAUUACUAAAGAUAAUUGGAGAACCUGAGUGUUUGGUAGUCUAGCCCUGGCUGUUCUUUUUCAGGUUUAGGUUAAUCCAAAUGCGGAAAGUCUCGUUUAGCCAAAAAAAAAAAAAA